AUGGUCAACCCUGAUGCGGCAGAUGAGGACAGCGAUGACCUCGACGCAGAAGACGCGGAUGAAGAUCUCGAAGACGAGGAUCUCGAAGAUGAGGCGGAUCUGGAGGAUGACGCCGAGGUCUCUGGCGAAGAAGAUCAAGACCAAGGCACCGACGAGGACGAGGCAGACGAACCCGAGCUUGCCAGCGAUGACGAAGGCGAUGCAGCUGAACAAGCCGACGCACAACAAAUGACGGAGCGGUCCAAGACCAGUCGCAAACCCCUGUCGCGUGGUGCCGCCCUCCUCAACGAUGAAGUCUUUGAUCUUGAUGAAAUGAAUGCCUUCUUGCUGGCCGCCGAGCGACAAGCUGAGGGCGCCCCGAAGCGUCGCAGCCGCAAAAGCGCCGACGAUGACGACGACGAAGAUGAAGAGGAGGAUGACGACGAGGUUGACCUGUUUGCUGCCGAUGACGAUGAGGAUGAGGACGAAGAAGACGCGGAUGCAGAUAACGUCACCGGCCUCCUGGGUCGCGAUUAUUUCAAGCCGCCUUCUGCCGACGCUCCGGCCAAGUCCAAGCGCGCUCAGGCAACGGUUGCUUCCGAGGAAAGUGUCGAGAGCGACCCGGAGGCGCACGAGGAUGAGGACCAGGGUGCUGACGAGGACAUGGCCGAAGAGGAGGAUGCCGUGUAUGCAGAAGAGGAGUUUAGCGACCAGGAACGUGACGCAGUCGACGACGAAGAAGACGACGCUUCCACGGGAGCUGCGGAUCUCUUGGCAGACAGUGACGACGAGGAACAGGCUAAUCAAGAAGAGAGCCGUGCGCGAGUGCGACCGGAAAACAGCUUGCUCGAGGAGGAUCUCGAUUUUGAACACGCCACCGCCCCCGCACCCGAGAUCACGCAGGAGAGCACGGCCAAUCUAGAGGACGUCAUCAAAAAGCGUAUCGCCGAGGGUCUCUUUGAUGACGUCGAACCCAAGACGGAGGGACUUGAUCAGAUGAAGGAGCGCCGACACCUGGUGGAGUUGGACUCUGAAAAAUCCAAGCAAGGUCUGGCCGACGUGUACGCGGAUGAGUUUCAGCAGGCUGCCACGGGCCGCGACACCAAAAAGGAGGCGCUUGAAAGCAAGCAUGCCGAGAUUGAGCGCUUGUUUCAAUCCCUGGACCGCAAGCUCACCGCCUUGACCAACUUUCAUUACACGCCUGCGCAACCGGAGGAGGAGGUGACAGUUCUCAGCACGGCGCCCGCGCUGGCCAUGGAAGAUGUAACGCCGGUGGCAUUUAGCAGCGCACAGCGCCUGGCUCCAGAAGAGCUGCAUGCCGCUGAGCGACCAGAGCAGGUGGCCGACGGAGAGCGCACUGAUACAGACCGUGCGCGUGCUCGUCGCAAGAAGAAAUCUGUCAAGCACUAUGAACGUUUGGACCGUGAACAGAAGGAUCGCCUCAAAGAUCAAAACAAGGUUGCCGAGUCGACCACAUCAGCCAAGAAGCGCGCCAUGACCAAGCUCAAGCAAGCUUCUACCUCUGGACGCUCGAACACAACGUUUGUGGACGGCCAAGGCGCCAGCAAGGCCAAGUUGACGUCAUCUACUACCUUUUUCCGCGAACUUCAAGCCACGGCGAAGCGUGAGGCUCAGGCCUUGAUGGGUCAGGCCAGUGGGGGCGCGCAAAUGCCCACGGCCAAGCGCAGCAAAAAGAAAGGGGGUGAUACUGCCAAGUUUCGCCUGUAA